AUGGUUAAUGUAGUGAGUAUUUUACUGCUCUACGGACUGGUCGCUACCUGUGCCUUGAAGCUUACGGAUCCCAAUGAACCGGAUACAUAUGAAUACACUAGCCAGUUGCGGCCACUGGGAUUGGAAUUCGCCGAGUUUUUUAAAAAUGUGACUCUGGAGAGCCUGGGCGUAUCAGACUCCAAGUUGGCCAGUGCGAAGGAUGUGUUAUGUAUGGCUAAAUUGGCGGCUGUAAUGAUUGGCCUCUCAUCAAGACAAAUUUGGGCAUUAAAGAUGAUCGAUUCAUGGGGUACUGUUCCCAGCGGACUUUUGACUGGCAAUGUGUACGAUCUUGGCAACUUUGAUGAAUGCCUCUCCAUCAAUAAAGUGAUCAGUGGUCAGAGAAUAACAGGAAAGUACUGCUUCCUCCUGGCCAACAAAAUGAGGAUAGCCACUUGUUUUCCGGCCUCAUGCUCAUCCACGCAAAUGGAACCCUUUGUGAAGAAACUGAUGGCAUUGGUUCACCUGAACAGCUCCAGCAUUGAUAUGAGGAUCAGUGAUGCCAGUUGCCAAACAAGUGAAAUAGAACCUUGGGAUGGACUGACUAUAUUCACCAUAGUAAUCCUAUCCCUGAUGACUGUUAUUGUGAUAUCUGUUACGAUAUUUGAUUACUUCUUGUUCGAUGAUCACAAGAAUCUCCCAGCUCUGGUGAAGGCUUUCUCGGCUAGAGCCAACUCUCGAGCACUUUUCCGCAUCGUCCCAAACAAAAGUAACUCAAAUGUGAUCGAGUGUUUCCACGGCAUCCGCUGCAUGACACUCUUCUGGGUUAUCUACAGCCAUGAAUUUAUAUUUUAUCUGGUAUCACCAAACUUAAACACGAAUGAUUUGUAUUCUUGGUCCGUAACACCUUUUUCCAGUUUUGUGCUACACGGCUACUUCUCAGUAGACACUUUUUUCGUCCUGGGAGGCCUUUUGGUAUCUAUGAUUGCUCUACGUCACAUGGAGAAAUCCGGGGGAAGACUAAACCCACUUUUGAUGUAUCUUCACAGGAUAAUACGCAUUUUGCCUGUCGUUGCCAUCGCCAUAGUAAUCUACAUGAAAAUGAUGACAGUAAUCAGUGGUGGUCCAAUGUUCAAAAAUGGUUACCAUGGCAUGGAGAAUUGUGAAAAUGGAUGGUACUGGACUUUGCUCUUCAUUCAGAACUAUGCAGUGCUGAAUAUUUGUCUGGAUCAUACUUGGUACUUGGCAGUGGACAUGCAGCUAUUCAUCAUCUCUCCAAUCCUCCUGAUGGCUCUUUACAAAUGGGGCAAGAAAGCGGCUGCUGGAAUCGCAGUACUUGUGGUUUUGCUAUCCGGCUGCCUUUUUGCCACCCAGAUGGUCAACCACUACUCGCUGCUUAUUAAAAAUAAGGACGGCAAUGACGGAGUUGCCAACCAAAAGUUGUAUCUAGCCACUCACACACACGCUGUUCCCUGGCUCAUUGGAUUCCUAUUUGGCUAUUUUCUGUAUAUAAAUCGCGAAAGGAAGUUUCAGUUAAGUAGGCCUACAGUGUGGAUAGGCUGGCUUCUUAGCCUGGCGAUGCUGUUCGCCUCGAUCUUUGCUCUAUAUCCGGCUUCAAAGUGGACUGCUCCUCCACUUUCCACGCUGGAGGAAUCUCUAUACUACACCCUAACCCGGCUGGCUUGGCCCUUGGCCAUUUGCUGGAUAAUCUUCGCCUGCAUGCAGGGCUAUGGUGGUUUGGCCAAUAGUUUCCUCUCCACACCCUUGUGGCAACCGCUUUCUAGACUCUCCUACUCCAUGUACAUUUGGCACAUGUUUGUCCAGGAGGUGAAUGUCAGAAAUGUUCGGACUAACACAUACUUCACCAACUACAUUGUGAUGCAACGUUUCUGGUAUGAUAUUGGUUUUACUGCGCUUAUGUCCUACUUUUUGUACCUAAUUAUCGAAGCCCCACUGUGUGGAUUUGAUAGUCUUUUACGGCCGCGAAAGGACCCUCCUGCUACCAAUCAAGCAUACACUAUUUCUAAUGAGAGCAAUAUGGAGAACCGAGAUCACGAUGAUCAAAGUGACACUGAAAAAAACCCUAUUAAUAUUUCUGAAGUACCUAAAUAAUUUAAG